GGAGGUGGUGGCGGUGGCGGCCAUGGAGGUGGAGGCGGCGGCGGUUAUGCUGGUGGUUCUUCUACCAGCGGCUUCAGCUUUGGAGGCCAUGGAGGUGGUGGUGGAGGCGGCGGCCAUGGAGGUGGCGGUGGAGGCGGCGGCCAUGGAGGUGGUGGUGGCGGCUAUGGAGGAGGCGGAGGCGGCCAUGGAGGUGGUGGCGGUGGCGGCCAUGGAGGUGGAGGCGGCGACGGUUAUGCUGGUGGUUCUUCUACCAGCGGCUUCAGCUUUGGAGGCCAUGGAGGUGGCGGUGGAGGCAGCGGCCAUGGAGGUGGUGGUGGUGGCUAUAGUGGUGGUGGUGGAGGCGGUUAUAGUGGCGGCUCGUCUUCCAGCGGCUUCAGCUUUGGAGGGCAUGGAGGUGGAGGUGGUGGUGGUGGCGGAGGCGGACACGGUGGUGGUGGCAGUGGAGGUUAUGGAGCUGGUUCAUCGUCCAGUAGUUUUAGCCUCGGAGGACAUGGAGCAUUUAUGGCGCUCAUUGAUGAAGUCUUGUCAAAUUCUGAUACGCAUUGA